ACCCCUCACGUCCUCAAUAUAUACACCCAAAAAUCUUUCCGGAAAGUCCAACCUGCAAAGGAUACUCAAGAACCCGAAAAGCACAGAACUUUGUCAAAACCCAUACACACUCUCUAUAGCACCCGACCCGAAUAUGGCACAGAACCGAUACCCCAUCUGGGUCUGAUCCCGAUCCUCCUCUUCUCUCUCUCCGUCCUCCCAAGUCUCUCUCUUUCUCUCUCUAACUCCCCACCCACAGUCUUCGACAUUUUACCCGAAUACGGCCUCCCCCGCGGCCUCUUACCGUCGUCGGUCUCCAACUACACGCUCUCCGACGACGGCCGAUUCGUCGUCGUUUUGCCCAAGACCUGCUACAUUCAGUUCGAUUACUUGGUCUACUACGAAAAGACCAUAACGGGCAAGCUCACAUACGGGGCGAUCACGGACUUGAAGGGGAUUCAGGUCCAGAGGUUCUUGUUCUGGUUCGACGUCGACGAGAUCAGGGUCGAUUUGCCGCCCUCGGAUAGCAUUUACUUCACUGUUGGGAUCAUCAACAAGAAGCUCGACGUCGAUCAGUUUGAAAAUGUCCGGUCUUGCCGUGACGGGUUAUCGGGUUCUUGCGUCGGGUUGUUCAAACGGGGCAUUCAGCUUCCAACCCCAGUGGAAGAAAUUGAGAUGCUAAUUACCGAAUAGACACCACCAAGUGGUUAUGCUGUACGAUGUAGUGGCUGAGCAAAGGGGCUCUCCAAGAAGUAGUUCACACUUCCAGACUCACAAAGCCUGUCGAGUUUGGUUUUAGAAGAAAUCAGUGUUAUGUACUCCAUAAGGGAAUUUACUAGUGUUACUCGUUCGAACUGCGUAGUUUGUAUCUGCAGACUGCAUUAUCGUCAAAUAUCGUGUAUGACGUAAUCAAAUCUUGUAUAUAUUAAGCUGGAUGUUAAAACUCAAGACUGUUACUUCUACCCGUUAAUAUCAAGGGUGAAAGUUGAAAUGGAUAUGUGUGCAUCUUGGUGAUA